GCAGCUGACUGAUCAUACCGAGCAUAUAAAGAGAAACAAAGAUGAACCAUGCAGUCACACAAUGGCUUUGAUGAAAUGGAUCUGCGCACUGACUCUGUCAAGCCUCCUUACUACAGAGUUACAUGCUCAGCUUGAUGUAUGUGGCGCUGCUCCCCUGAACACCAGGAUAGUUGGAGGUGAAGAUGCUCCACCUGGAAGUUGGCCUUGGCAGGUUAGUCUGCAGAGGUUUGGCGGCCAUGUUUGUGGCGGUUCCCUCAUCAACCGAGAGUGGGUGAUGUCAGCUGCUCACUGCUUCUUCAGUACGAGUACGUCUGGAUGGCAGGUUUCUCUCGGCCGUCAGAACCUGCAGGGCACAAACCCAAAUGAAGUGUCCACAACUGUUGCCAGAAUCAUUUUGCAUUCAAACUAUGACAGUGACACCAACAACAACGACAUUGCUCUGCUCAGACUCUCCUCACCAGUCAAAUUCACAGACUACAUCAGACCUGUGUGUCUGGCAGCCAGUGGCAGUGUGUUCAACAACGGUACAGAUUGCUGGGUCACUGGAUGGGGCGCAGUCAAGGAGGGAGAGUCAUUACCGUUACCUGAAACUCUACAAGAAGUGGAGGUUCCAGUUCUGGGAAACCGACAGUGUAACUGUCUAAAUGGAGUCGGUACAGUCACGGACAACAUGAUCUGUGCUGGUGUUCUAGCAGGAGGCAAAGACUCAUGUCAGGGUGACUCAGGAGGUCCAAUGGUGAGCAAACAGGGCUCUGUCUGGGUCCAGUCUGGAGUAGUCAGUUUUGGUUUUGGUUGUGCUCGGCCAAAUCUGCCAGGAGUCUACUCCAGAGUGUCCCGUUACCAGUCCUGGAUCAACUCCUUCAUCCGCUCUGAUAGGCCAGGCUUUGUCCAGUUCACCUCCAGUGGGCCGGAUGCUGACAGCAGCUACACCUGUCCUGGUCUCCCACCUCUUCUUAUUACUACCACUUCGGGUGCUGGUACUUGUACUGAUGGACCAGAGGCUACAACCACUGAACCAGUUUCUGAAACCACAAGUCCAUCAUCUACCAUGACAAGUGCUGAAUUGUGUGGCAUCACUCCCCUGAACACCAGGAUAGUUGGAGGUGAAGAUGCUCCACCUGGAAGUUGGCCUUGGCAGGUUAGUCUGCAGAGGUUUGGCGGCCAUGUUUGUGGCGGUUCCCUCAUCAAUCGAGAGUGGGUGAUGUCAGCUGCUCACUGCUUCUUCAGUACGAGUACGUCUGGAUGGCAGGUUUCUCUCGGCCGUCAGAACCUGCAGGGCACAAACCCAAAUGAAGUGUCCACAACUGUUGCCAGAAUCAUUUUGCAUCCAAACUAUGACAGUGACACCAACAACAACGACAUUGCUCUGCUCAGACUCUCCUCACCAGUCAAAUUCACAGACUACAUCAGACCUGUGUGUCUGGCAGCCAGUGGCAGUGUGUUCAACAACGGUACAGAUUGCUGGGUCACUGGAUGGGGCGCAGUCAAGGAGGGAGAGUCAUUACCGUUACCUGAAACUCUACAAGAAGUGGAGGUUCCAGUUCUGGGAAACCGACAGUGUAACUGUCUAAAUGGAGUCGGUACAGUCACGGACAACAUGAUAUGUGCUGGUGUUCUAGCAGGAGGGAAAGACUCAUGUCAGGUAAACUGCUGCCUUUCAUUUGUCCCUUGUUGGUCAAUGUGUUUAGGACUCUGUGAAAUUCUAGUCGUGUCGUCUCCAUGUCCUCAGGGUGACUCAGGAGGUCCAAUGGUGAGCAAACAGGGCUCUGUCUGGGUCCAGUCUGGAGUAGUCAGUUUUGGUUUUGGUUGUGCUCGGCCCAAUCUGCCAGGAGUCUACUCCAGAGUGUCCCGUUACCAGUCCUGGAUCAACUCCUUCAUCCGCUCUGAUAGGCCAGGCUUUGUCCAGUUCACCUCCAGUGGGCCGGAUGCUGACAGCAGCUACACCUGUCCUGGUCUCCCACCUCUUCUUAUUACUACCACUUCGGGUGCUGGUACUUGUACUGAUGGACCAGAGGCUACAACCACUGAACCAGUUUCUGAAACCACAAGUCCAUCAUCUACCAUGACAAGUGCUGAAUUGUGUGGCAUCACUCCCCUGAACACCAGAAUAGUUGGAGGUGAAGAUGCUCCACCUGGAAGUUGGCCUUGGCAGGUUAGUCUGCAGAGGUUUGGCGGCCAUGUUUGUGGCGGUUCCCUCAUCAAUCGAGAGUGGGUGAUGUCAGCUGCUCACUGCUUCUUCAGUACGAGUACGUCUGGAUGGCAGGUUUCUCUCGGCCGUCAGAACCUGCAGGGCACAAACCCAAAUGAAGUGUCCACAACUGUUGCCAGAAUCAUUUUGCAUCCAAACUAUGACAGUGACACCAACAACAACGACAUUGCUCUGCUCAGACUCUCCUCACCAGUCAAAUUCACAGACUACAUCAGACCUGUGUGUCUGGCAGCCAGUGGCAGUGUGUUCAACAACGGUACAGAUUGCUGGGUCACUGGAUGGGGCGCAGUCAAGGAGGGAGAGUCAUUACCGUUACCUGAAACUCUACAAGAAGUGGAGGUUCCAGUUCUGGGAAACCGACAGUGUAACUGUCUAAAUGGAGUCGGUACAGUCACGGACAACAUGAUAUGUGCUGGUGUUCUAGCAGGAGGGAAAGACUCAUGUCAGGGUGACUCAGGAGGUCCAAUGGUGAGCAAACAGGGCUCUGUCUGGGUCCAGUCUGGAGUAGUCAGUUUUGGUUUUGGUUGUGCUCGGCCCAAUCUGCCAGGAGUCUACUCCAGAGUGUCCCGUUACCAGUCCUGGAUCAACUCCUUCAUCCGCUCUGAUAGGCCAGGCUUUGUCCAGUUCACCUCCAGUGGGCCGGAUGCUGACAGCAGCUACACCUGUCCUGGUCUCCCACCUCUUCUUCUUACUACCACUUCGGGUGCUGGUACUAGUACUGAAGGACCAGAGGCUACAACCACUGAACCAGUUUCUGAAACCACAAGUCCAUCCUCUACCAUGACAAGUGCUGAAUUGUGUGGCAUCACUCCCCUGAACACCAGGAUAGUUGGAGGUGAAGAUGCUCCACCUGGAAGUUGGCCUUGGCAGGUUAGUCUGCAGAGGUUUGGCGGCCAUGUUUGUGGCGGUUCCCUCAUCAACCGAGAGUGGGUGAUGUCAGCUGCUCACUGCUUCUUCAGUACGAGUACGUCUGGAUGGCAGGUUUCUCUCGGCCGUCAGAACCUGCAGGGCACAAACCCAAAUGAAGUGUCCACAACUGUUGCCAGAAUCAUUUUGCAUCCAAACUAUGACAGUGACACCAACAACAACGACAUUGCUCUGCUCAGACUCUCCUCACCAGUCAAAUUCACAGACUACAUCAGACCUGUGUGUCUGGCAGCCAGUGGCAGUGUGUUCAACAACGGUACAGAUUGCUGGGUCACUGGAUGGGGCGCAGUCAAGGAGGGAGAGUCAUUACCGUUACCUGAAACUCUACAAGAAGUGGAGGUUCCAGUUCUGGGAAACCGACAGUGUAACUGUCUAAAUGGAGUCGGUACAGUCACGGACAACAUGAUAUGUGCUGGUGUUCUAGCAGGAGGGAAAGACUCAUGUCAGGUAAACUGCUGCCUUUCAUUUGUCCCUUGUUGGUCAAUGUGUUUAGGACUCUGUGAAAUUCUAGUCGUGUCGUCUCCAUGUCCUCAGGGUGACUCAGGAGGUCCAAUGGUGAGCAAACAGGGCUCUGUCUGGGUCCAGUCUGGAGUAGUCAGUUUUGGUUUUGGUUGUGCUCGGCCCAAUCUGCCAGGAGUCUACUCCAGAGUGUCCCGUUACCAGUCCUGGAUCAACUCCUUCAUCCGCUCUGAUAGGCCAGGCUUUGUCCAGUUCACCUCCAGUGGGCCGGAUGCUGACAGCAGCUACACCUGUCCUGGUCUCCCACCUCUUCUUAUUACUACCACUUCGGGUGCUGGUACUUGUACUGAUGGACCAGAGGCUACAACCACUGAACCAGUUUCUGAAACCACAAGUCCAUCAUCUACCAUGACAAGUGCUGAAUUGUGUGGCAUCACUCCCCUGAACACCAGGAUAGUUGGAGGUGAAGAUGCUCCACCUGGAAGUUGGCCUUGGCAGGUUAGUCUGCAGAGGUUUGGCGGCCAUGUUUGUGGCGGUUCCCUCAUCAAUCGAGAGUGGGUGAUGUCAGCUGCUCACUGCUUCUUCAGUACGAGUACGUCUGGAUGGCAGGUUUCUCUCGGCCGUCAGAACCUGCAGGGCACAAACCCAAAUGAAGUGUCCACAACUGUUGCCAGAAUCAUUUUGCAUCCAAACUAUGACAGUGACACCAACAACAACGACAUUGCUCUGCUCAGACUCUCCUCACCAGUCAAAUUCACAGACUACAUCAGACCUGUGUGUCUGGCAGCCAGUGGCAGUGUGUUCAACAACGGUACAGAUUGCUGGGUCACUGGAUGGGGCGCAGUCAAGGAGGGAGAGUCAUUACCGUUACCUGAAACUCUACAAGAAGUGGAGGUUCCAGUUCUGGGAAACCGACAGUGUAACUGUCUAAAUGGAGUCGGUACAGUCACGGACAACAUGAUAUGUGCUGGUGUUCUAGCAGGAGGGAAAGACUCAUGUCAGGGUGACUCAGGAGGUCCAAUGGUGAGCAAACAGGGCUCUGUCUGGGUCCAGUCUGGAGUAGUCAGUUUUGGUUUUGGUUGUGCUCGGCCCAAUCUGCCAGGAGUCUACUCCAGAGUGUCCCGUUACCAGUCCUGGAUCAACUCCUUCAUCCGCUCUGAUAGGCCAGGCUUUGUCCAGUUCACCUCCAGUGGGCCGGAUGCUGACAGCAGCUACACCUGUCCUGGUCUCCCACCUCUUCUUAUUACUACCACUUCGGGUGCUGGUACUUGUACUGAUGGACCAGAGGCUACAACCACUGAACCAGUUUCUGAAACCACAAGUCCAUCAUCUACCAUGACAAGUGCUGAAUUGUGUGGCAUCACUCCCCUGAACACCAGGAUAGUUGGAGGUGAAGAUGCUCCACCUGGAAGUUGGCCUUGGCAGGUUAGUCUGCAGAGGUUUGGCGGCCAUGUUUGUGGCGGUUCCCUCAUCAACCGAGAGUGGGUGAUGUCAGCUGCUCACUGCUUCUUCAGUACGAGUACGUCUGGAUGGCAGGUUUCUCUUGGCCGUCAGAACCUGCAGGGCACAAACCCAAAUGAAGUGUCCACAACUGUUGCCAGAAUCAUUUUGCAUUCAAACUAUGACCGUGACACCAACAACAACGACAUUGCUCUGCUCAGACUCUCCUCACCAGUCAAAUUCACAGACUACAUCAGACCUGUGUGUCUGGCAGCCAGUGGCAGUGUGUUCAACAACGGUACAGAUUGCUGGGUCACUGGAUGGGGCGCAGUCAAGGAGGGAGAGUCAUUACCGUUACCUGAAACUCUACAAGAAGUGGAGGUUCCAGUUCUGGGAAACCGACAGUGUAACUGUCUAAAUGGAGUCGGUACAGUCACGGACAACAUGAUCUGUGCUGGUGUUCUAGCAGGAGGCAAAGACUCAUGUCAGGUAAACUGCUGCCUUUCAUUUGUCCCUUGUUGGUCAAUGUGUUUAGGACUCUGUGAAAUCCUCAGCGUGUCGUCUCCAUGUCCUCAGGGUGACUCAGGAGGUCCAAUGGUGAGCAAACAGGGCUCUGUCUGGGUCCAGUCUGGAGUAGUCAGUUUUGGUUUUGGUUGUGCUCGGCCCAAUCUGCCAGGAGUCUACUCCAGAGUGUCCCGUUACCAGUCCUGGAUCAACUCCUUCAUCCGCUCUGAUAGGCCAGGCUUUGUCCAGUUCACCUCCAGUGGGCCGGAUGCUGACAGCAGCUACACCUGUCCUGGUCUCCCACCUCUUCUUAUUACUACCACUUCGGGUGCUGGUACUUGUACUGAUGGACCAGAGGCUACAACCACUGAACCAGUUUCUGAAACCACAAGUCCAUCAUCUACCAUGACAAGUGCUGAAUUGUGUGGCAUCACUCCCCUGAACACCAGAAUAGUUGGAGGUGAAGAUGCUCCACCUGGAAGUUGGCCUUGGCAGGUUAGUCUGCAGAGGUUUGGCGGCCAUGUUUGUGGCGGUUCCCUCAUCAAUCGAGAGUGGGUGAUGUCAGCUGCUCACUGCUUCUUCAGUACGAGUACGUCUGGAUGGCAGGUUUCUCUCGGCCGUCAGAACCUGCAGGGCACAAACCCAAAUGAAGUGUCCACAACUGUUGCCAGAAUCAUUUUGCAUCCAAACUAUGACAGUGACACCAACAACAACGACAUUGCUCUGCUCAGACUCUCCUCACCAGUCAAAUUCACAGACUACAUCAGACCUGUGUGUCUGGCAGCCAGUGGCAGUGUGUUCAACAACGGUACAGAUUGCUGGGUCACUGGAUGGGGCGCAGUCAAGGAGGGAGAGUCAUUACCGUUACCUGAAACUCUACAAGAAGUGGAGGUUCCAGUUCUGGGAAACCGACAGUGUAACUGUCUAAAUGGAGUCGGUACAGUCACGGACAACAUGAUAUGUGCUGGUGUUCUAGCAGGAGGGAAAGACUCAUGUCAGGGUGACUCAGGAGGUCCAAUGGUGAGCAAACAGGGCUCUGUCUGGGUCCAGUCUGGAGUAGUCAGUUUUGGUUUUGGUUGUGCUCGGCCCAAUCUGCCAGGAGUCUACUCCAGAGUGUCCCGUUACCAGUCCUGGAUCAACUCCUUCAUCCGCUCUGAUAGGCCAGGCUUUGUCCAGUUCACCUCCAGUGGGCCGGAUGCUGACAGCAGCUACACCUGUCCUGGUCUCCCACCUCUUCUUAUUACUACCACUUCGGGUGCUGGUACUUGUACUGAUGGACCAGAGGCUACAACCACUGAACCAGUUUCUGAAACCACAAGUCCAUCAUCUACCAUGACAAGUGCUGAAUUGUGUGGCAUCACUCCCCUGAACACCAGAAUAGUUGGAGGUGAAGAUGCUCCACCUGGAAGUUGGCCUUGGCAGGUUAGUCUGCAGAGGUUUGGCGGCCAUGUUUGUGGCGGUUCCCUCAUCAAUCGAGAGUGGGUGAUGUCAGCUGCUCACUGCUUCUUCAGUACGAGUACGUCUGGAUGGCAGGUUUCUCUCGGCCGUCAGAACCUGCAGGGCACAAACCCAAAUGAAGUGUCCACAACUGUUGCCAGAAUCAUUUUGCAUCCAAACUAUGACAGUGACACCAACAACAACGACAUUGCUCUGCUCAGACUCUCCUCACCAGUCAAAUUCACAGACUACAUCAGACCUGUGUGUCUGGCAGCCAGUGGCAGUGUGUUCAACAACGGUACAGAUUGCUGGGUCACUGGAUGGGGCGCAGUCAAGGAGGGAGAGUCAUUACCGUUACCUGAAACUCUACAAGAAGUGGAGGUUCCAGUUCUGGGAAACCGACAGUGUAACUGUCUAAAUGGAGUCGGUACAGUCACGGACAACAUGAUAUGUGCUGGUGUUCUAGCAGGAGGGAAAGACUCAUGUCAGGUAAACUGCUGCCUUUCAUUUGUCCCUUGUUGGUCAAUGUGUUUAGGACUCUGUGAAAUUCUAGUCGUGUCGUCUCCAUGUCCUCAGGGUGACUCAGGAGGUCCAAUGGUGAGCAAACAGGGCUCUGUCUGGGUCCAGUCUGGAGUAGUCAGUUUUGGUUUUGGUUGUGCUCGGCCCAAUCUGCCAGGAGUCUACUCCAGAGUGUCCCGUUACCAGUCCUGGAUCAACUCCUUCAUCCGCUCUGAUAGGCCAGGCUUUGUCCAGUUCACCUCCAGUGGGCCGGAUGCUGACAGCAGCUACACCUGUCCUGGUCUCCCACCUCUUCUUCUUACUACCACUUCGGGUGCUGGUACUAGUACUGAAGGACCAGAGGCUACAACCACUGAACCAGUUUCUGAAACCACAAGUCCAUCCUCUACCAUGACAAGUGCUGAAUUGUGUGGCAUCACUCCCCUGAACACCAGGAUAGUUGGAGGUGAAGAUGCUCCACCUGGAAGUUGGCCUUGGCAGGUUAGUCUGCAGAGGUUUGGCGGCCAUGUUUGUGGCGGUUCCCUCAUCAACCGAGAGUGGGUGAUGUCAGCUGCUCACUGCUUCUUCAGUACGAGUACGUCUGGAUGGCAGGUUUCUCUCGGCCGUCAGAACCUGCAGGGCACAAACCCAAAUGAAGUGUCCACAACUGUUGCCAGAAUCAUUUUGCAUCCAAACUAUGACAGUGACACCAACAACAACGACAUUGCUCUGCUCAGACUCUCCUCACCAGUCAAAUUCACAGACUACAUCAGACCUGUGUGUCUGGCAGCCAGUGGCAGUGUGUUCAACAACGGUACAGAUUGCUGGGUCACUGGAUGGGGCGCAGUCAAGGAGGGAGAGUCAUUACCGUUACCUGAAACUCUACAAGAAGUGGAGGUUCCAGUUCUGGGAAACCGACAGUGUAACUGUCUAAAUGGAGUCGGUACAGUCACGGACAACAUGAUAUGUGCUGGUGUUCUAGCAGGAGGGAAAGACUCAUGUCAGGGUGACUCAGGAGGUCCAAUGGUGAGCAAACAGGGCUCUGUCUGGGUCCAGUCUGGAGUAGUCAGUUUUGGUUUUGGUUGUGCUCGGCCCAAUCUGCCAGGAGUCUACUCCAGAGUGUCCCGUUACCAGUCCUGGAUCAACUCCUUCAUCCGCUCUGAUAGGCCAGGCUUUGUCCAGUUCACCUCCAGUGGGCCGGAUGCUGACAGCAGCUACACCUGUCCUGGUCUCCCACCUCUUCUUAUUACUACCACUUCGGGUGCUGGUACUUGUACUGAUGGACCAGAGGCUACAACCACUGAACCAGUUUCUGAAACCACAAGUCCAUCAUCUACCAUGACAAGUGCUGAAUUGUGUGGCAUCACUCCCCUGAACACCAGGAUAGUUGGAGGUGAAGAUGCUCCACCUGGAAGUUGGCCUUGGCAGGUUAGUCUGCAGAGGUUUGGCGGCCAUGUUUGUGGCGGUUCCCUCAUCAAUCGAGAGUGGGUGAUGUCAGCUGCUCACUGCUUCUUCAGUACGAGUACGUCUGGAUGGCAGGUUUCUCUCGGCCGUCAGAACCUGCAGGGCACAAACCCAAAUGAAGUGUCCACAACUGUUGCCAGAAUCAUUUUGCAUCCAAACUAUGACAGUGACACCAACAACAACGACAUUGCUCUGCUCAGACUCUCCUCACCAGUCAAAUUCACAGACUACAUCAGACCUGUGUGUCUGGCAGCCAGUGGCAGUGUGUUCAACAACGGUACAGAUUGCUGGGUCACUGGAUGGGGCGCAGUCAAGGAGGGAGAGUCAUUACCGUUACCUGAAACUCUACAAGAAGUGGAGGUUCCAGUUCUGGGAAACCGACAGUGUAACUGUCUAAAUGGAGUCGGUACAGUCACGGACAACAUGAUAUGUGCUGGUGUUCUAGCAGGAGGGAAAGACUCAUGUCAGGUAAACUGCUGCCUUUCAUUUGUCCCUUGUUGGUCAAUGUGUUUAGGACUCUGUGAAAUUCUAGUCGUGUCGUCUCCAUGUCCUCAGGGUGACUCAGGAGGUCCAAUGGUGAGCAAACAGGGCUCUGUCUGGGUCCAGUCUGGAGUAGUCAGUUUUGGUUUUGGUUGUGCUCGGCCCAAUCUGCCAGGAGUCUACUCCAGAGUGUCCCGUUACCAGUCCUGGAUCAACUCCUUCAUCCGCUCUGAUAGGCCAGGCUUUGUCCAGUUCACCUCCAGUGGGCCGGAUGCUGACAGCAGCUACACCUGUCCUGGUCUCCCACCUCUUCUUAUUACUACCACUUCGGGUGCUGGUACUUGUACUGAUGGACCAGAGGCUACAACCACUGAACCAGUUUCUGAAACCACAAGUCCAUCAUCUACCAUGACAAGUGCUGAAUUGUGUGGCAUCACUCCCCUGAACACCAGGAUAGUUGGAGGUGAAGAUGCUCCACCUGGAAGUUGGCCUUGGCAGGUUAGUCUGCAGAGGUUUGGCGGCCAUGUUUGUGGCGGUUCCCUCAUCAACCGAGAGUGGGUGAUGUCAGCUGCUCACUGCUUCUUCAGUACGAGUACGUCUGGAUGGCAGGUUUCUCUUGGCCGUCAGAACCUGCAGGGCACAAACCCAAAUGAAGUGUCCACAACUGUUGCCAGAAUCAUUUUGCAUUCAAACUAUGACCGUGACACCAACAACAACGACAUUGCUCUGCUCAGACUCUCCUCACCAGUCAAAUUCACAGACUACAUCAGACCUGUGUGUCUGGCAGCCAGUGGCAGUGUGUUCAACAACGGUACAGAUUGCUGGGUCACUGGAUGGGGCGCAGUCAAGGAGGGAGAGUCAUUACCGUUACCUGAAACUCUACAAGAAGUGGAGGUUCCAGUUCUGGGAAACCGACAGUGUAACUGUCUAAAUGGAGUCGGUACAGUCACGGACAACAUGAUCUGUGCUGGUGUUCUAGCAGGAGGCAAAGACUCAUGUCAGGGUGACUCAGGAGGUCCAAUGGUGAGCAAACAGGGCUCUGUCUGGGUCCAGUCUGGAGUAGUCAGUUUUGGUUUUGGUUGUGCUCGGCCCAAUCUGCCAGGAGUCUACUCCAGAGUGUCCCGUUACCAGUCCUGGAUCAACUCCUUCAUCCGCUCUGAUAGGCCAGGCUUUGUCCAGUUCACCUCCAGUGGGCCGGAUGCUGACAGCAGCUACACCUGUCCUGGUCUCCCACCUCUUCUUAUUACUACCACUUCGGGUGCUGGUACUUGUACUGAUGGACCAGAGGCUACAACCACUGAACCAGUUUCUGAAACCACAAGUCCAUCAUCUACCAUGACAAGUGCUGAAUUGUGUGGCAUCACUCCCCUGAACACCAGAAUAGUUGGAGGUGAAGAUGCUCCACCUGGAAGUUGGCCUUGGCAGGUUAGUCUGCAGAGGUUUGGCGGCCAUGUUUGUGGCGGUUCCCUCAUCAAUCGAGAGUGGGUGAUGUCAGCUGCUCACUGCUUCUUCAGUACGAGUACGUCUGGAUGGCAGGUUUCUCUCGGCCGUCAGAACCUGCAGGGCACAAACCCAAAUGAAGUGUCCACAACUGUUGCCAGAAUCAUUUUGCAUCCAAACUAUGACAGUGACACCAACAACAACGACAUUGCUCUGCUCAGACUCUCCUCACCAGUCAAAUUCACAGACUACAUCAGACCUGUGUGUCUGGCAGCCAGUGGCAGUGUGUUCAACAACGGUACAGAUUGCUGGGUCACUGGAUGGGGCGCAGUCAAGGAGGGAGAGUCAUUACCGUUACCUGAAACUCUACAAGAAGUGGAGGUUCCAGUUCUGGGAAACCGACAGUGUAACUGUCUAAAUGGAGUCGGUACAGUCACGGACAACAUGAUAUGUGCUGGUGUUCUAGCAGGAGGGAAAGACUCAUGUCAGGUAAACUGCUGCCUUUCAUUUGUCCCUUGUUGGUCAAUGUGUUUAGGACUCUGUGAAAUUCUAGUCGUGUCGUCUCCAUGUCCUCAGGGUGACUCAGGAGGUCCAAUGGUGAGCAAACAGGGCUCUGUCUGGGUCCAGUCUGGAGUAGUCAGUUUUGGUUUUGGUUGUGCUCGGCCCAAUCUGCCAGGAGUCUACUCCAGAGUGUCCCGUUACCAGUCCUGGAUCAACUCCUUCAUCCGCUCUGAUAGGCCAGGCUUUGUCCAGUUCACCUCCAGUGGGCCGGAUGCUGACAGCAGCUACACCUGUCCUGGUCUCCCACCUCUUCUUAUUACUACCACUUCGGGUGCUGGUACUUGUACUGAUGGACCAGAGGCUACAACCACUGAACCAGUUUCUGAAACCACAAGUCCAUCAUCUACCAUGACAAGUGCUGAAUUGUGUGGCAUCACUCCCCUGAACACCAGAAUAGUUGGAGGUGAAGAUGCUCCACCUGGAAGUUGGCCUUGGCAGGUUAGUCUGCAGAGGUUUGGCGGCCAUGUUUGUGGCGGUUCCCUCAUCAAUCGAGAGUGGGUGAUGUCAGCUGCUCACUGCUUCUUCAGUACGAGUACGUCUGGAUGGCAGGUUUCUCUCGGCCGUCAGAACCUGCAGGGCACAAACCCAAAUGAAGUGUCCACAACUGUUGCCAGAAUCAUUUUGCAUCCAAACUAUGACAGUGACACCAACAACAACGACAUUGCUCUGCUCAGACUCUCCUCACCAGUCAAAUUCACAGACUACAUCAGACCUGUGUGUCUGGCAGCCAGUGGCAGUGUGUUCAACAACGGUACAGAUUGCUGGGUCACUGGAUGGGGCGCAGUCAAGGAGGGAGAGUCAUUACCGUUACCUGAAACUCUACAAGAAGUGGAGGUUCCAGUUCUGGGAAACCGACAGUGUAACUGUCUAAAUGGAGUCGGUACAGUCACGGACAACAUGAUAUGUGCUGGUGUUCUAGCAGGAGGGAAAGACUCAUGUCAGGGUGACUCAGGAGGUCCAAUGGUGAGCAAACAGGGCUCUGUCUGGGUCCAGUCUGGAGUAGUCAGUUUUGGUUUUGGUUGUGCUCGGCCCAAUCUGCCAGGAGUCUACUCCAGAGUGUCCCGUUACCAGUCCUGGAUCAACUCCUUCAUCCGCUCUGAUAGGCCAGGCUUUGUCCAGUUCACCUCCAGUGGGCCGGAUGCUGACAGCAGCUACACCUGUCCUGGUCUCCCACCUCUUCUUCUUACUACCACUUCGGGUGCUGGUACUAGUACUGAAGGACCAGAGGCUACAACCACUGAACCAGUUUCUGAAACCACAAGUCCAUCCUCUACCAUGACAAGUGCUGAAUUGUGUGGCAUCACUCCCCUGAACACCAGGAUAGUUGGAGGUGAAGAUGCUCCACCUGGAAGUUGGCCUUGGCAGGUUAGUCUGCAGAGGUUUGGCGGCCAUGUUUGUGGCGGUUCCCUCAUCAACCGAGAGUGGGUGAUGUCAGCUGCUCACUGCUUCUUCAGUACGAGUACGUCUGGAUGGCAGGUUUCUCUCGGCCGUCAGAACCUGCAGGGCACAAACCCAAAUGAAGUGUCCACAACUGUUGCCAGAAUCAUUUUGCAUCCAAACUAUGACAGUGACACCAACAACAACGACAUUGCUCUGCUCAGACUCUCCUCACCAGUCAAAUUCACAGACUACAUCAGACCUGUGUGUCUGGCAGCCAGUGGCAGUGUGUUCAACAACGGUACAGAUUGCUGGGUCACUGGAUGGGGCGCAGUCAAGGAGGGAGAGUCAUUACCGUUACCUGAAACUCUACAAGAAGUGGAGGUUCCAGUUCUGGGAAACCGACAGUGUAACUGUCUAAAUGGAGUCGGUACAGUCACGGACAACAUGAUAUGUGCUGGUGUUCUAGCAGGAGGGAAAGACUCAUGUCAGGUAAACUGCUGCCUUUCAUUUGUCCCUUGUUGGUCAAUGUGUUUAGGACUCUGUGAAAUUCUAGUCGUGUCGUCUCCAUGUCCUCAGGGUGACUCAGGAGGUCCAAUGGUGAGCAAACAGGGCUCUGUCUGGGUCCAGUCUGGAGUAGUCAGUUUUGGUUUUGGUUGUGCUCGGCCCAAUCUGCCAGGAGUCUACUCCAGAGUGUCCCGUUACCAGUCCUGGAUCAACUCCUUCAUCCGCUCUGAUAGGCCAGGCUUUGUCCAGUUCACCUCCAGUGGGCCGGAUGCUGACAGCAGCUACACCUGUCCUGGUCUCCCACCUCUUCUUAUUACUACCACUUCGGGUGCUGGUACUUGUACUGAUGGACCAGAGGCUACAACCACUGAACCAGUUUCUGAAACCACAAGUCCAUCAUCUACCAUGACAAGUGCUGAAUUGUGUGGCAUCACUCCCCUGAACACCAGGAUAGUUGGAGGUGAAGAUGCUCCACCUGGAAGUUGGCCUUGGCAGGUUAGUCUGCAGAGGUUUGGCGGCCAUGUUUGUGGCGGUUCCCUCAUCAAUCGAGAGUGGGUGAUGUCAGCUGCUCACUGCUUCUUCAGUACGAGUACGUCUGGAUGGCAGGUUUCUCUCGGCCGUCAGAACCUGCAGGGCACAAACCCAAAUGAAGUGUCCACAACUGUUGCCAGAAUCAUUUUGCAUCCAAACUAUGACAGUGACACCAACAACAACGACAUUGCUCUGCUCAGACUCUCCUCACCAGUCAAAUUCACAGACUACAUCAGACCUGUGUGUCUGGCAGCCAGUGGCAGUGUGUUCAACAACGGUACAGAUUGCUGGGUCACUGGAUGGGGCGCAGUCAAGGAGGGAGAGUCAUUACCGUUACCUGAAACUCUACAAGAAGUGGAGGUUCCAGUUCUGGGAAACCGACAGUGUAACUGUCUAAAUGGAGUCGGUACAGUCACGGACAACAUGAUAUGUGCUGGUGUUCUAGCAGGAGGGAAAGACUCAUGUCAGGGUGACUCAGGAGGUCCAAUGGUGAGCAAACAGGGCUCUGUCUGGGUCCAGUCUGGAGUAGUCAGUUUUGGUUUUGGUUGUGCUCGGCCCAAUCUGCCAGGAGUCUACUCCAGAGUGUCCCGUUACCAGUCCUGGAUCAACUCCUUCAUCCGCUCUGAUAGGCCAGGCUUUGUCCAGUUCACCUCCAGUGGGCCGGAUGCUGACAGCAGCUACACCUGUCCUGGUCUCCCACCUCUUCUUCUUACUACCACUUCGGGUGCUGGUACUAGUACUGAAGGACCAGAGGCUACAACCACUGAACCAGUUUCUGAAACCACAAGUCCAUCCUCUACCAUGACAAGUGCUGAAUUGUGUGGCAUCACUCCCCUGAACACCAGGAUAGUUGGAGGUGAAGAUGCUCCACCUGGAAGUUGGCCUUGGCAGGUUAGUCUGCAGAGGUUUGGCGGCCAUGUUUGUGGCGGUUCCCUCAUCAACCGAGAGUGGGUGAUGUCAGCUGCUCACUGCUUCUUCAGUACGAGUACGUCUGGAUGGCAGGUUUCUCUCGGCCGUCAGAACCUGCAGGGCACAAACCCAAAUGAAGUGUCCACAACUGUUGCCAGAAUCAUUUUGCAUCCAAACUAUGACAGUGACACCAACAACAACGACAUUGCUCUGCUCAGACUCUCCUCACCAGUCAAAUUCACAGACUACAUCAGACCUGUGUGUCUGGCAGCCAGUGGCAGUGUGUUCAACAACGGUACAGAUUGCUGGGUCACUGGAUGGGGCGCAGUCAAGGAGGGAGAGUCAUUACCGUUACCUGAAACUCUACAAGAAGUGGAGGUUCCAGUUCUGGGAAACCGACAGUGUAACUGUCUAAAUGGAGUCGGUACAGUCACGGACAACAUGAUAUGUGCUGGUGUUCUAGCAGGAGGGAAAGACUCAUGUCAGGGUGACUCAGGAGGUCCAAUGGUGAGCAAACAGGGCUCUGUCUGGGUCCAGUCUGGAGUAGUCAGUUUUGGUUUUGGUUGUGCUCGGCCCAAUCUGCCAGGAGUCUACUCCAGAGUGUCCCGUUACCAGUCCUGGAUCAACUCCUUCAUCCGCUCUGAUAGGCCAGGCUUUGUCCAGUUCACCUCCAGUGGGCCGGAUGCUGACAGCAGCUACACCUGUCCUGGUCUCCCACCUCUUCUUCUUACUACCACUUCGGGUGCUGGUACUAGUACUGAAGGACCAGAGGCUACAACCACUGAACCAGUUUCUGAAACCACAAGUCCAUCCUCUACCAUGACAAGUGCUGAAUUGUGUGGCAUCACUCCCCUGAACACCAGGAUAGUUGGAGGUGAAGAUGCUCCACCUGGAAGUUGGCCUUGGCAGGUUAGUCUGCAGAGGUUUGGCGGCCAUGUUUGUGGCGGUUCCCUCAUCAACCGAGAGUGGGUGAUGUCAGCUGCUCACUGCUUCUUCAGUACGAGUACGUCUGGAUGGCAGGUUUCUCUCGGCCGUCAGAACCUGCAGGGCACAAACCCAAAUGAAGUGUCCACAACUGUUGCCAGAAUCAUUUUGCAUCCAAACUAUGACAGUGACACCAACAACAACGACAUUGCUCUGCUCAGACUCUCCUCACCAGUCAAAUUCACAGACUACAUCAGACCUGUGUGUCUGGCAGCCAGUGGCAGUGUGUUCAACAACGGUACAGAUUGCUGGGUCACUGGAUGGGGCGCAGUCAAGGAGGGAGAGUCAUUACCGUUACCUGAAACUCUACAAGAAGUGGAGGUUCCAGUUCUGGGAAACCGACAGUGUAACUGUCUAAAUGGAGUCGGUACAGUCACGGACAACAUGAUCUGUGCUGGUGUUCUAGCAGGAGGCAAAGACUCAUGUCAGGGUGACUCAGGAGGUCCAAUGGUGAGCAAACAGGGCUCUGUCUGGGUCCAGUCUGGAGUAGUCAGUUUUGGUUUUGGUUGUGCUCGGCCCAAUCUGCCAGGAGUCUACUCCAGAGUGUCCCGUUACCAGUCCUGGAUCAACUCCUUCAUCCGCUCUGAUAGGCCAGGCUUUGUCCAGUUCACCUCCAGUGGGCCGGAUGCUGACAGCAGCUACACCUGUCUUGGUCUCCCACCUUCCCCAACAACAUCAUCAACGACAAGGCCAAGUACUGUUAUCGGUCCUGCAAGACCAGUGUGUGGUAAAGCUUCCAUGAACAGUCGUGCUGUUGGUGACAGUGGUCUUGUACAUGGAGGAACAUGGCCCUGGAUAGUGAGUCUUCAUAAAAAUGGGGUUUACACUUGUGUAGGAACCCUCAUUGCUGAUGACUUUGUCCUCACUGCCAGCCAGUGCUUCUCCACGCCCAAUCCAAAUGUCCUUGAGUGGCGUGUGUUUCUGGGCCACAAACUUGUGGACAGUUCUGAAGAGUUUGAGAUGUCGCUGGGUGUUGUGAAAAUUACAUUGAGCAAAAUGACAGGCUCCAAUAUUGCCGUGCUGCAGCUGGCUAAACCAGUCAGCUUCAAAGAUUAUAUCCAGCCUGUGUGUGUGGACAGUAACAAUGACAGAUCCUUCCCCAUUGGUAGUCAAUGCUGGGUGGCAGGCUGGGGCCAGGGGAGUAAGAGCAGAGCUGGCUCAGGUCUUCGAGACCUUGAAACUGAGGUGGUUAAUUGUGGGAACAUUUUUGAUACGGAGAACAUUUGCACUCAUGGCAUGGACCUUCAAAAGGCGGAUCAGGGCGGACCUCUUUUGUGCAAGUCGGACUCUUCGUGGUUCCAGGUGGCCGUCGUCACAAUGAGUGGGAAUAAAUCUAUCCGGGCAGAUAUUCAGGCCUUUGCCAAAACUUCAAGAUUCGGGUCAUUUUUAAAGGAGACAGUUGGCGACAUGCCCUCGCCUCCAGUAUCUGCAACAGGAAAUGCACCAGGAAAUGCAGUUUCCUUAUUCUUCACCUUUGCUGUCCUCUUUACCUCCAUGUUCCUGUUGUAAUGAUGCUAGGUUUGCUGUUGGGGAUGGCUGUGAUAGUUCAGUACUGUAAAUGCAUAUGUGAUGCUCAGGUCAACCAAAAGGGAAUGCAUCAGGAGACAUUUCCAAAUGAAUUUAGAUUUAUCUAACAACAGAAGGUAUUUCAUUGUAAUAGGACAAAGUGUACAGGGAAAUAUCUUUCAGAAUGUGUUUGACUUAAUCCAGAUGAAGGAAGGAAAGUGUUUGUAGUAUUUAUUCUCUGUUCUGUCAUACUUUACAUGUUAUAAAUGUCACAUUGAGUAUUAAAAUGAAUAUUGAUGAAGCAUAAAACAAAUAUCUCUUGCAUGAAUUCUCAAUACUUAGAUCAAAUGGCCUUUUUUCC